AUGGCUUCUGGACUCCCAAAAAAGACACCUCGUCUUUUGUUCAGGGAAAACCUGAAGCCUGCUAAUCUGACUCCCUCUGCCUUCCAGAAGGAGAUGUCUUUCACCACCAAGCAGAGGCUGGCCAUAGCUAAGAAGCUGAGUCUGCCUCAGAUUGUCCAGCCUGAAGACAAGCAGGAGACCUCCCAUCAGAAGUUCUCGGCAGCUGACCCAGAGCAGAGCUCGUUUCAGCCUUGCCCACCAGAGGUGGUGUUCCAGAACUACACCCCUGGUGAGGUCUGUGAAGUGCCUCUGGUUCUGAGGAACAUGGACAAGGUUCCUCAUGUGCUGAAGGUCACCUUGGAGAGCUCACCUUAUUUCCAGCUGGUGGGCCCCAAUGAUGCCUGCCGCAAGGUGCCACCGGGCCUCUCCACGACUGUCCGCAUCCUCUUCACCCCUGAGCAGAACAAGGAUUAUUUUCACCAGGUCACCUGCAUCACUGAAAGGGAAGAGUUCAUUGUGCCAAUUCGGGCCAUUGGUGCCCGAGCCAUCCUGGGCUUCCCUGACCAGCUGGACUUCUCAGAGCAGCCGGUCAAGUGCAGCACUGAGAAGGUUCUGCUGGUUCGCAACGUCGGCAACCGAGCAGCUCAUUACCAGCUGAGCACCCAGAGCCCUUUCUCUGUCGUUCCGGCCAUGGGAGCUCUGGGCGUUGGCGACAGCAUGCAGGUGACAGUGGAAUUUCACCCACUGAAGACUGGCGAGCACUCCGCGUCCCUGGUGGUGCACUACGACACAGGUGAAGCCACCCACACAAGCCUUCAUGGAAGAGCUGUGAAUGUCCCCAUCAGGCUGGACAGUAGCACUGUGACAUUUGAUAAGACCUACAUCACUCUGUCCAACCGAGCGACUGUGCUCAUCCACAACCCCAGUAAUAUCACAGCCCGCUUCCAGCUGAAGGCUGCUGAUACUGAGGGAGAGGAGGAGCAGCUGAGGAUGAGGCAGUAUCACAGGCUCUGUGAGAAGGAAAAGCACAAGUUGUCUGUUUUGCUGAAGGAGUGUGGAGUGGAGACCUCUCGCCGAGAACGCUUUGCCCUUCUCCUCCACAGCUUAUGGAGUGAGCAGGCAAAGGUGAGAGGAGAUCCCAUACUGUUCCAGGAUGACAUUUUCUCCCUUGAGCCAAAGGAGGGCGAGAUCGGGCCGAAUAGUUCGGCUGAAAUCAGCGUGGUCUUUAAGCCCCAGAAAGCCCAGGUCUAUAAGAAAACAGUUUACUGUGAUAUCUCAGGCUGUGAGAACAGGCUGCCCCUGGUCCUCACUGGGGAAGGACUUGGGCCCCAGCUCAACUUCUACUUUAAGGAAGUCAACAUCGGGGAGGUUUUUGUCAGCGCAAACAACCGCUUUGAGGCAGUCCUGUUUAACAGUGGGCCUAUUGAGGCUCCCUUCAGCUUCACCCCUCCAAGCACAGACCUGGGCUCCUGCUUCACCUUCCAGCCCCAGGAGGGCAUCGUGGCACCAAAGGCGCUCCAGGCCAUCCGGAUCUCCUUCUGUACCACCAUCCUGGGGGCCUUUGAGGAAGAAUUCAGCUUCCGUGUGACUAAAGCCCCUAAGCCUGCAACCUUGACUAUCAGGGGCUGUGUCAUAGCACCGACUUUCCAUUUUGAUGUGCCUGCCCUCGACUUCGGUGAUGUCUCCUUUGGUUUUCCUCACACCUUGCAGUGUUGCCUGUUCAACACCUCCCUGGUACCCAUGACCUUCCACCUCCACAUUCCUGAGGACGGGUUUGGAGAGCCCAGCAUUAACGCCUCUAGUCUCAAUCCCACUUGCCCAUCUUGGAGGAAGAAAUCUGAUUGUCUUAUGAAGCCAAAGGAAUUUAACAUACGUCCCUGCAGAGGGACUGUCCGUGCCCUGGGAUCCAUGGAUAUCAAGGUCACUCUGUGUUCCAACACGGCCAGAGAGUACAAGCUGGAGAUGGUGAUGGACGUGGAAGGUGUUGGCCAGAAGGUGUUUGCACUGCCCCUCACAGCCAGAUGCAUCGUUCCUCCACUGAGAGUGCUCGACCCUGUCGUGAAGUUCGAUCACUGCUGUCUAACGGUGCCCUACGACGAGAAGCUGACCCUUGUGAAUGACAGUGACUUUCCUGGCUGCUACUGUAUUCUCCCUCAGGAAAACAAGGAGAAAGCUGCUGCGUGGUACUCCAGCUCUGAGCCGUCUGGGAUUAUCAAGGCUCACAGCUCGGUGGAGAUCCCGAUUACACUCGAGGCCCAGCUGCUGGGAAAGUGCGACAUCCCUGCUGAGCUGGCCGUGUUUGGGAGAGAAGGAUCCCCGCUGGAAAUCCAUUUAGAGUGCGUUGGCCAGGGACCGGUUGUCUAUGUCUAUCCGAGGCAGAUAAACUUUGGCACUAUCCCUGUCGUACAAGACAGUGUCAAAACUCUCCAUCUCGCCAAUCAGAGUGCCAUUCCUGCAAUCUUCCGGGCAGAGAUGGCUGGGAAACGCUCCUGCUGGAGGGUUGAACCCAGUAAAGGGGUGGUGGCCCCUAACAGUGAGCUGCUUGUUGCUGUGAUAGCAAACCUGAAUGACACAAAGAAAUUCCAGGACAGCGUGACGGUGUUCAUUGAGAACAGCCCUACGACCACCAUCUCUGUCCAGGCUGUGGGCAUUGGCACCACAAUUGUCACUGACAAGCCUCUCGUUCCUGCCCUCGACUUGAAGUCCCACUUCAGCUUCACUCCCUGCUGUUACAAGUUCAAAAUGACCAACAAAGGGCGACAAACCCAUCAGCUGUACUGGAGCACAGAAGGGUUCCACGCCUUUCAGCAGAAUACUCGUCCCCCUGCCCGCAGGGGCAGCAGGAGUAAAGACGCUUCCCAGACCCCCAGACCUGGCAGCCCCGUGUUUAAGCUGCGGCCGCUGAUGACGGACCUGAGGCCAGGCCAGACUGUGGAGAUGGUGCUGGAAGGCUGCUCCAGCACUGUCCAGGAGGUGAAGGAGCGGCUGCUGUGCCAUGCUGUGGUGGGGAAAACAAAAGCAAAGAAACAGAUCAUGCAAGUGGAUGUCACCUGCAAGUUCAUUUGCCCUGCUGUGCAAAUGUCGACCAAAGCAAUCACGUUCCGUGUGGAAAAGAAACCCAGUGACGUCCUGACGCCCCAGUACAAGCCUUUGUCUUUAAAAAACACCUGUUCACUGCCAUUAAGCAUUGUGCUGGACUUGAAGCAGCCAUUCCUAAUCUGCAACAGGGACCAGCAGCCCCUUCCUGCAGAUUCCAAGCCCAUGACACUGGAUGUAGGAGAGGAACUUCAUCUCUGCAUCCAGUUUAACCCAGCUUAUAAGAAGGAUUUGAACAGCUGGGUGGCAGAGAAGGUUCUCAGGCUGCGCUAUGUGGGUCAUCCUCGUGAGGAGCACAUCACUGUUCGGGGAGAAGUCUACUUCCCCAACCUCCAUCUCCAGGCCGAGGCCGUGGACUUUGGCUGCAUCAUUAAUGACACAGAACAAAUGCUGUGUAUGGAGAUGAGCAACUGCAGCCCAAUUCCUGUCCAGUACCACUGGUCAUUCCUGACAGACAGCCAGGUGAACACCAUAAGGUUCCUCCCUUCACCACCUCAAUUCAAACCCCAGUCAUCAAAGAAGGAGGGAGUGUUUCAAAGGAGAUACUCCAAGAUUAAAAGUGUGGAGGAGCCAACCGAAACCCCGGAAACAACACUGGAUUCUGCCUGGGAAGAUUCUGCCCAGGAGGAUUCUACCCAGGAAUAUUCUGUCCAGGAGGAUUCUGCCCAGGAGGAUUCUGCUGAGGAGGAUUCUUCUGAGGUGGAUUCUGCUCAUGAGAAUUCUGACCAGGAGGAUUCUGCUCAUGAGGAUUCUGACCAGGAGGCUCCUGCCCCCGAGGAUCCAGCCCAGAAGGAUCCAGCCCAGGAGGAUCCUGCACAGGAGGAUCCUGCCCAGGAACCAGCAGAUGCGGAGGACCCUCUGGAAGCAGAGGAGCUGUCAUCUAUUGCUGUGGAGCCUCAGAGGCAAGUGAGGAGGAGGAGAGGGUUGAGCCAAUUCUCAGAGAUGAAGCGCCUCAACUUGGGAAUGCAGGAGGUUUUUGAUGUCCGGCCACUGUGGGGUGAGCUGCAGCCAGGAGAGAGCCAGCUGGUCACCUUCUCCUUCUUUGGCUACGCCAACAUCGUUGCCCGUGUCAGGGCUCUGUGCCACGUGGAGGGAGGCCCCACCUAUGAGGUGGUGCUGACCGGGCAGGCUUCGUGCCCCAGCUACCAACUGGACGUGGAGGAGAUUGACUGGGGGCUGCAGGUGUUUACCAAAGUCCUCCAAGCAGAAGUCACCCUGCACAACACCGGGGUUAUUGAGUUCACCUACGUGGUGCCAAACUCCAGCACUGGCACUGCAGCAAACCCUCUGCCUGGUGUGCCCGUGGUCAUGCCCACCACAGGUUCCAUUGCACCUGGCGAAAAGCAAGUGCUGAAAGUCUAUUACCUGCCAGGAAAGCAAGGAGUCUUCUGCAGGACUGUCCAGAUCCAAGUGGCUUAUCUGGAACCGGCAGAGAUCUUCCUGAAAGGAGAGGGGACCAUGUCUAGAAUCACCAAGGACCUACCCCGGAAAAGUUCGAAAGGAAAGAGGAAGAAAAGAAACCUGAAGGAAGAAAAAAGGAAGAGGGAUGAAUCAUCUGUCAUCCACCCUGAAGACAAACCCUGAGAAGUUCAGUCCUGAAAUUCUUUCUGAAACUGGGAAGCUCUUUAUGAAGAAGUUUUCUGUUGCUAAGCCUGUGAGUGCUUUGACAUGUCAUCACGUGGAAUUUCCCUUACUCUGAAGGACUCAAUGAAUGAAUUGAAGAACCUGAUGAGUGAGAAGAACCUCAAGUUCAUGCAAGGUGUGCAUUGGCACACCUUGUUUACCAAUAAAGCAGGGAAAAAAAAAAGUCUUAUGUGAAGAAAUCUGUGAAUGCUGAGCUCUCUACCCAGACAUGACACAAAUUUCUAUUUUAAUUAAAAACGUUCUCAUUUUAGUAGCAGUGAGAUUAUUAGCAUUGAGGUUUCACCUAAUAUGAAGAGUUUAAAGUCAGAUUUUUAAAUGUGUUUUAAUAAUUUCACAAGGGCUUAAUACUGAAGAAAACCCCUGUUCUUCAUACAUGUGCCUUCUACUUUGUUGAGUGUUCAUGGGGAUUUCUGAGUCUCAAGGAGACGAGCAGUUGUUGGUUGCUGUAAAGAUGUUUAUUAUAUGAAUGCAUCAGUCUCGAAGGCAAAGAGUUCAGAGAGUUAAAGUCUGUGCUAAAAGCUUUUGGCAUAAAGUCCAAAUUCUGAGCAGCAGCAGCAGCAGCACUCUGGUACAAAGUCCCGAUGUCCUGGGCAGCAGCUUCCCAGCACAGAGUUUCUAUGAUGUGGGCUGCAGAAGCAGUUGCAGUAGUUCUUCUUCUUGGUGAUGAUGAUGAUGGUGCUGCUGCUGUUCUUCUUCUUGAUGUGUGUGUGGUUUUCCCAAUACAGGGGAUUAAAUUUGUAAAUCAUCCAAUCAGCUAAAAACAUGAUUCUAAAACAUUCUUUCAAUACCAAUCUAAGCUUAAUUCUUAACUCACAAAAGCAGUAGUAGUUUUACCUAAAUCCUAUGUACAGAGUAUUAUCUGUAUAAUUUUAUUUAUGUAUAUAGUUCUAUCUGUUCUAUCUAGAAAUGUAAGCUGUGUUCUUACUAUAUUUUCAUUGUGUCUGGAGCUAAGUUACAUCUGUGAAAGGUAGUAUCACUGAACUUUAAACUAGGCCUUUAGGCCUUUCACUAACUACGGACUCUUAAGGCACUUAAGCUAUAUUUUACCUACAUAAAACUAAAACCUACACUCUUACUUCAUAUCUAUGUGGUUUAAUGUAUUUUAAUACUUUUCUUUCUCUGAGGGACUCAGGCUAUUAUUAUGGAUUCCAACAUACUUCUCCAAGGAUUUCAUCCUAGUCAAAAAAACCAAGUCCUUUUUUCUUUUAACUUAAAAAGUCAACUGAUAUCAAACAUAAUGACAACAGGAUAUUAACAACAUAACAUUAGCUGAAAGAGCUACUAUAGGAAUAUGAAAGGUUUGAUGGCAGUUACUGUGUUUGCACAGUAAUGGCCAUCAGCUUUUUUUUAUCACACUUGCAUCUCCUAGUGACUGGAGCAGGGGCAGCACAAGUGCAAACACCCACAGGAGCAGCUGAGAUGUUUUCUUCAUCUUACUGGAGCCUUGUGCUCAGGCAUGUUAUAAGUGAUCCUUCUGUUGAGCUUGGGAGGUUAAUUAAAGUUGUUAUUAUUGGAAGGUUAAUUGAUGUUACGAAUUACGAAGUUAUAAGGGAUAAAAGUUAACUAUGUGUAAUUAUGUUGUAAAGUUGUUAAGAUGAUGGUUACUAGGAUUGUUAAAUACUUUGGAAUAUUCGGAGUGAGACUGGAUUGGGGUCCGGUGGAUAGAAUGGGGGACUGGUAAGAAAUAUAAGGGGGCUUAUGGGGGCCUGGAAUAGAAUAUUCAAGAACAUGAAGUAAUGAAGAUGCUGUCAGUAAUGAAGAUGUGUCAGAUGCCUGGAAUAGAACAUUUGAGAACAUGAAGUAAUGAAGAUGUUGUCAGCACCGUGAGUAAUGAUUGGAAGAAACAUACACCAAUAAUUCGACGCCCUGGAAAAAUGAUUGGACCAGGAUGAACACGGCUAUGGAUCAAUCAGAGCCCGAGAAAGUGACCAAUCCAGGACUAAGGGAGGGUAUAAAUCAGGGUGUUGAGGGUUAGCAGGGGCUUCUUCUGCUGGGGAACCCAUUUGUAUCCUUUGUUGCUAUCCCGGUUUGUAGCGUGAGGCACACAGGAUUAGCCUGCGUCCUCCUUUGGCUGCAGCUCAGUCUUAAUAAAAAAGCCAGGCUUUAAUUUACAUCAAAAAGUCUCCAGUCUCGUUUAUAACAAGGCACAAGAUUCUGAGGGACACCAAAUGCUUUCAGCUCACCUUGGGAUUCAGAUCAGCUGUUCAGGCCUGGUGACACCUGGAGCUGUGCAGCAGAUCUCGAAUCCAGACUAAAUCACUGGAGCUUUUAAAAACAUCAUCAUUUGCAGUAAAGUCCUGACCACUGUGAAAGAGCUGCUAGUUCAGCAGCAAUGAGGGAACAAGCAUUUCCAGCACAAGGAACACCACGUGUCUGACACUGCCAGAGUGCCUGGUCAGCUACAGAUAAGCAUUUCUGUUCUUGUGAAUCCUCACCUCCACUUUUCUUUCCUGGAGAACACUC